GUACAGAGGUGUGUCAACCAAGAAACCAAAUGUGAAGGGUAUCUUUCCUGCAAAUUACAUUCACUUGAAAAAGGCAAUUGUCAGUAAUAGAGGGCAGUAUGAAACUGUGGUUCCACUUGAAGAUUCUAUUGUCACAGAGGUUACAGCAACUCUUCAGGAAUGGGCCAGUCUGUGGAAACAACUAUACGUGAAACACAAAGUAGAUCUUUUCUACAAACUUCGCCAUGUGAUGAAUGAGCUUAUUGACCUGAGAAGGCAGCUACUGUCAGGUCACCUGACUCAGGAUCAGGUGCGGGAAGUUAAACGCCAUAUCACCGUGCGCCUGGACUGGGGUAAUGAACAUUUGGGCCUGGAUCUGGUGCCUCGAAAGGACUUUGAAGUGGUGGAUUCAGAUCAGAUUAGUGUCUCAGAUCUCUAUAAAAUGCAUUUAUCAAGUCGACAGAGUGUACAGCAAAGUACAUCCCAGGCAGAUACGAUGCGUCCACGUCAUGGCGAAACCUGCCGGAUGCCAGUGCCACAUCACUUUUUCCUCAGUCUGAAAAGUUUUACUUACAAUACCAUUGGGGAAGAUACUGAUGUCUUCUUUUCCUUGUACGACAUGAGAGAAGGCAAGCAGAUAAGUGAGCGGUUUCUGGUGAGACUGAACAAGAAUGGUGGGCCAAGGAACCCCGAGAAGAUAGAGCGAAUGUGUGCCCUUUUUACAGAUCUGAGCAGCAAAGAUAUGAAGAGAGAUUUAUAUAUAGUUGCCCAUGUGAUCCGAAUAGGCCGGAUGCUCCUGAAUGACUCAAAGAAAGGCCCUGCCCACCUGCACUAUCGGCGUCCAUAUGGCUGUGCCGUCCUGAGCAUCCUGGAUGUCCUACAGUCGCUCACAGAAGUAAAGGAAGAAAAGGACUUUGUUCUUAAGGUUUACACGUGCAACAAUGAGAGUGAAUGGUCCCAGAUCCAUGAGAACAUCAUCCGGAAAUCGAGUGCCAAGUACUCCGCCCCCAGCGCCAGUCACGGUCUUAUCAUUUCUCUGCAGCUUCUUCGUGGAGACAUGGAACAGAUUCGAAGAGAAAACCCCAUGAUAUUUAGUAGAGGAUUGGCAAUUACAAGGAAAUUGGGAUUUCCUGAUGUCAUCAUGCCAGGUGAUAUCCGCAAUGACCUAUACCUGACCCUGGAGAAGGGAGAUUUUGAGAGAGGGGGAAAGAGUGUACAGAAGAAUAUUGAAGUGACCAUGUAUGUGCUUUAUGCAGAUGGAGAAAUCUUAAAGGAUUGCAUCAGCUUGGGUUCAGGAGAGCCAAAUAGAAGUUCUUACCACUCCUUUGUCCUCUACCACAGUAACAGUCCUCGCUGGGGAGAAAUUAUCAAAUUGCCCAUCCCCAUUGACCGCUUCCGAGGCUCCCACCUGCGCUUUGAGUUCAGGCAUUGUUCUACAAAAGACAAAGGGGAAAAGAAACUCUUCGGCUUUGCGUUCUCUCCCCUGAUGCGGGAUGAUGGCACCACCCUCUCAGAUGAUAUUCAUGAGCUCUAUGUCUACAAGUGUGAUGAGAAUAGCACGUUCAACAACCAUGCUCUGUACCUGGGUCUGCCCUGUUGCAAAGAGGACUAUAAUGGUUGCCCUAACAUCCCCUCCAGCCUCAUCUUCCAGCGUAGCACCAAAGAGUCCUUCUCCAUUUCCACACAGCUCUCCUCAACCAAACUCACCCAGAAUGUGGAUCUCCUCGCUCUGCUGAAAUGGAAGGCCUUCCCGGACCGAAUCAUGGAUAUCCUGGGGCGACUGCGGCACGUUAGCGGUGAGGAAAUUGUUAAGUUUCUACAAGACAUCUUAGAUACACUCUUUGUGAUUUUGGAUGAUAAUACAGAGAAAUAUGGACUGCUGGUUUUUCAGUCUCUGGUAUUCAUCAUCAACCUGCUCCGAGACAUCAAGUAUUUCCACUUCCGGCCAGUGAUGGACACAUACAUCCAGAAGCACUUUGCUGGGGCACUGGCAUACAAGGAGCUCAUUCGCUGUUUGAAGUGGUACAUGGACUGCUCAGCAGAACUGAUUCGACAGGAUCACAUUCAGGAAGCCAUGCGGGCCUUGGAGUACCUGUUCAAGUUCAUUGUGCAGUCGCGGAUCCUGUACUCACGAGCCACAUGUGGGAUGGAGGAGGAGCAGUUCCGGUCCAGCAUCCAAGAACUUUUCCAGUCCAUUCGAUUUGUGCUCAGUCUGGACAGCAGAAACUCCGAAACACUCCUUUUUACUCAGGCUGCACUCCUCAAUUCCUUCCCCACCAUCUUUGAUGAGCUGCUGCAAAUGUUCACGGUACAAGAGGUGGCCGAGUUCGUGAGGGGAACGCUGGGGAGCAUGCCCAGCACUGUGCACAUUGGGCAGUCCAUGGACGUGGUGAAGCUGCAGUCCAUCGCCAGGACUGUGGAUAGCCGCCUCUUCUCUUUCUCAGAGUCCCGCCGCAUCCUGCUUCCUGUGGUCCUCCAUCACAUUCACCUUCACCUGAGACAGCAGAAGGAGCUGCUGAUCUGCUCAGGGAUUCUUGGCAGCAUCUUCUCCAUCGUCAAGACCAGCUCUCUGGAGACAGAUGUCAUGGAGGAAGUGGAGAUGAUGGUGGAGAGCCUCCUAGACGUGCUCUUACAGACUCUGCUCACCAUCAUGAGCAAAUCGCACGCUCAGGAGGCGGUAAGAGGGCAGCGAUGCCCGCAGUGCACAGCAGAGAUCACUGGUGAAUAUGUGUCCUGCCUGCUCUCGCUGCUCCGCCAGAUGUGUGACACCCAUUACCAACACCUCCUGGACAACUUUCAGAGCAAAGAUGAGCUCAAGGAGUUCCUGCUAAAGAUUUUCUGUGUCUUCCGGAAUCUGAUGAAGAUGAGUGUCUUCCCUCGGGACUGGAUGGUGAUGAGACUGCUCACAAGCAAUAUUAUUGUUACUACUGUCCAGUACCUGUCCUCAGCUCUGCACAAGAAUUUCACAGAGACAGACUUCGACUUUAAGGUGUGGAAUUCUUAUUUUAGCCUGGCAGUUCUGUUCAUAAACCAGCCAAGCCUCCAGCUAGAAAUUGUCACUGCAGCCAAGAGGAAGAAGAUUCUAGAUAAGUAUGGGGACAUGCGAGUGAUGAUGGCUUAUGAACUGUUCAGCAUGUGGCAGAAUUUGGGUGAACAUAAGAUCCACUUUAUCCCGGGAAUGAUUGGUCCGUUUUUGGGUGUGACACUGGUGCCACAGCCAGAAGUGCGGAACAUCAUGAUCCCCAUCUUCCACGACAUGAUGGACUGGGAGCAGAGGAAAAAUGGCAACUUCAAGCAGGUGGAGGCUGAGCUGAUUGACAAACUGGACAGCAUGGUUUCAGAAGGAAAAGGCGACGAGAGCUACAGGGAGCUCUUCGGUCUGCUAACCCAGCUGUUUGGGCCCUACCCCAGCCUGCUGGAGAAGGUUGAACAAGAGACAUGGCGUGAGACCGGCAUUUCCUUUGUGACUUCAGUAACCCGCCUCAUGGAGCGCCUCCUUGACUACAGGGACUGCAUGAAAGGAGAGGAAACGGAGAAUAAGAAGAUCGGCUGCACUGUUAACCUAAUGAACUUUUACAAAUCUGAGAUUAACAAAGAAGAGAUGUAUAUCCGCUAUAUCCAUAAGCUUUGUGACAUGCACUUGCAAGCCGAAAACUACACAGAGGCUGCUUUCACGCUCCUCCUCUACUGCGAGCUGCUCCAGUGGGAGGACCGGCCGCUGCGCGAGUUCCUCCACUACCCGUCCCAGACCGAGUGGCAGCGCAAGGAGGGGCUGUGCCGGAAGAUCAUCCACUACUUCAACAAAGGCAAGAGCUGGGAAUUUGGGAUUCCGCUGUGCAGGGAGCUGGCGUGUCAGUACGAGAGCCUUUAUGAUUACCAGAGCCUCAGCUGGAUCCGGAAAAUGGAGGCCAGCUACUAUGACAACAUCAUGGAGCAGCAGCGCCUGGAGCCUGAGUUCUUCCGAGUUGGCUUCUACGGCAGGAAGUUUCCUUUCUUCCUUCGGAACAAGGAAUACGUGUGCCGAGGCCACGACUAUGAGCGGCUGGAGGCCUUCCAGCAGAGGAUGCUCAGCGAGUUCCCGCAGGCUGUCGCCAUGCAGCACCCCAACCACCCCGACGACGCCAUCCUUCAGUGCGACGCCCAGUACUUACAGAUUUAUGCGGUGACGCCCAUUCCAGAUUAUGUGGAUGUUCUGCAGAUGGACAGGGUCCCUGACCGUGUCAAGAGCUUCUACCGUGUCAACAAUGUGAGGAAGUUCCGCUAUGACAGGCCUUUUCACAAAGGCCCCAAGGACAAGGAGAAUGAAUUCAAGAGUCUGUGGAUUGAGCGCACGACACUGACCCUGACCCACAGCUUGCCUGGCAUCUCUCGAUGGUUUGAAGUAGAGAGGAGGGAGCUGGUGGAGGUGAGCCCUUUGGAGAAUGCCAUCCAAGUGGUUGAGAACAAGAACCAGGAGCUUCGUGCCCUGAUUAGCCAGUAUCAGCACAAGCAGGUGCAUGGUAACAUCAACCUGCUCAGCAUGUGUCUGAACGGUGUCAUCGACGCUGCGGUCAAUGGGGGCAUCGCACGCUAUCAGGAGGCCUUCUUUGAUAAAGAUUACAUCACCAAGCACCCAGGAGAUGCGGAAAAGAUCACCCAGCUCAAAGAACUCAUGCAGGAACAGGUCCAUGUCCUUGGUGUUGGGCUGGCAGUUCAUGAGAAGUUUGUGCACCCCGAAAUGCGGCCUCUGCAUAAGAAGCUGAUUGAUCAGUUCCAGAUGAUGCGGGCCAGCCUGUACCACGAAUUUCCAAGUUUGGACAAGCUAAGUCCUGCCUGCUCAGGCACCAGCACCCCCCGGGGAAAUGUCCUGGCAUCCCACAGUCCCAUGAGCCCUGAGGGCAUGAGGAUGACCCACCGGCACAGCCCCAUGAACUUGAUGGGCACAGGCCGCCAUUCCUCCUCCUCUCUCUCCUCACACGCAUCUAGCGAAGCGGGAAACAUGGUGAUGCUGGGCGACAGUGCCAUGGGCGAGGCUCCCGAGGACCUGUACCACCACAUGCAGCUCGCGUAUCCCAAUCCCAGGUACCAGGGCUCAGUCACCAACGUGUCUGUUCUGUCCUCGUCCCAGGCAAGCCCUUCUUCCUCCAGCCUGAGUUCCACCCACUCAGCACCAUCCCAGAUGAUUACCUCUGCCCCUUCCAGUGCCCGAGGCUCUCCCUCUCUGCCAGAUAAGUACCGCCACGCCAGAGAAAUGAUGUUGCUGCUUCCCACCCACCGCGACCGCCCGAGCAGCGCCAUGUACCCGGCAGCCAUCCUGGAGAACGGACAGUUGCCGAAUUUCCAGCGGGCACUGUUCCAGCAAAUGGUUGGCCCCUGCAAACCCUGCAGUGAUCCCAAUCUGUCUGUGGCUGAAAAAGGUCAUUACCUACAUUUUGACGCCUUCCACCACCCCCUGGGUGACACCCCCCCUGCCCUCCCUGCCCGGACCCUUCGAAAGUCUCCUCUUCACCCUAUCCCGGCCUCCCCCACAAGUCCCCAGUCGGGCCUGGAUGGCAGCAACUCAACGCUGUCGGGCAGUGCCAGCAGCGGUGUGUCCUCCUUGAGUGAGAGUAACUUUGGACACCCCUCGGAGGUGCCCCCACGCGCUGACGCCAUGGACUCCAUGCCGGGCCAGGCGUGGAACACUGAUGACGACCUCGAGCCACCCUACCUCCCUGUCCACUACAGCCUCUCCGAGUCCACCGUCCUGGACGCCAUCAAGGCCCAGCCAUGUCGAAGCCACUCAGCCCCGGGCUGCGUCAUCCCUCAGGACCCCAUGGACCCACCCGCACUGCCCCCCAAGCCCUACCACCCCCGCUUGCCUGCCCUGGAGCAUGAUGAGGGUGUGCUGCUGCGCGAGGAGGCGGAGAGGCCGAGGGGUCUGCACCGCAAGGCCUCGCUGCCCCCGGGCAGCGCCAAGGAGGAGCAGGCGCGCAUGGCCUGGGAGCACAGCCGAGGGGAGCAGUGAGGGGCAGGGAGGCGGCCGACACGUCGCCCUCAGUGAGCAGCUUGUCCAGCCAACGGCUCCAGGUCUGAACAGCAAGUCCGCCGAUGCCCCUUCACCCCAGGGAGCCAGAGGCCUGGCACUCAGGAGAGAAACACCCAUCUCCGUUCUACUGCCGUGAACUCGCGCGUUGCCAUGUUCAGAGGCCGCAGCAGCAUGAAGGGUUGUGGCUUCUCUUUUUAUUUCAUUUUCUACAUUUCCAUUUCUAUGGGUUUUCUUUUCUUUACUUUGUGCAGUAGAUGCUUUCUUCCUCCUGCGGUUUCAGACCAUGUGGAGCUAUGUGGAGAUACUGCACAAGACAGAAGCGCUUUGCAACAUUGCAGGGCCUGGGGCGGAAGCCAGGCCCACCCUCCAGGGUAGAAAUGCACAGAAUGGAAAUUGCACUAGGGACCACUUUCUUUGCUAGGUGGACAGAAAAGCUCACGGUUGCAUUCAGGGAUCGCGUGGACUACGUGGACUACACAACAUGGGUGGAUGAGGGGCUACAAGCUGUUUUGCACAAAUGCCUGCCUGCCUGCCCACUCUUCCAGCCAGGAGUGUGCGACCAAGGAGCUGGUCAGCCAUCCUGCCAGCCCAAGUGUGUGGCCUGGCCAAGCUGCACGCCCAGGCACACUGCCAGGCUCCAUGGGCCAACCCUGGUUCCUCCCCCUUGGACUUUUCUUCUCCAUCACUUUGAUUUUGAUCAUUUGCUCCCUUCCACCUUCAAUACACCUCAAGCCCUGAGGGUCCACCAUGGUGAAUGGAUCUGCAAGGGUGUAUCAUCCACCCUCUGGGGAGUCAGAGGGUAGUGUGGACAACAGAGGGAUUCCCCCAGCCAUCUUCCUCCUGGGGGGAGCUGGGCCCCUCCAUGGGGUCCGAGAGGCUACAUAUUGAGGGACAAGCUGGUGUGGAAGUGAAGCUGGGUGCUGCAAGAGCCAAAAUCCCCUGAGCUUUUAGAUGUGAUCAGAACACCUGUUACCCAGCUCCACAAUCAGGGAUUUUCAGCACUACCUCCGAGCCGAGGGCCUGGCUGCCCAGCCAGGUUUCCAGGCCUGAGGACAGAUGGUCAGGUUCAGCCAGCUCCUGGAUGUGGGUGGGGAGUGAGCUGCUCCUUUUGGUAGGAGAGGGCCACACAGGGAUCGUCAUCUCUCAAGUGGCCAAGAGCAGCACCCCACUCCAGGCCGGUGGAGACCAGCACUCAGGGUUCGGGGUGGCAAGGAUGAAGUUUCUCCAGCCUCCCCAGUGUGUUGGGAAGAGUGCAGUGGUUCUUUAUAGGGAACUCUUUCUCUUUCAGGUCAGGGCACUGAUUUUCUCUUGGUUUAUUACUUGGGAGGGUAGGGGUUGGGUGGGUGUAUUUUAUCAGGGUGCUUCUAGGUUACUUUAAAAAAAAAAGUCUGCAGACAAAUUUUUUUCAAUUUGCUUACGUUCACAUUAGUGUAAGCCAAGGCCUUGGAUGGUUAGACCACCUUCUUGUUCAGUAGGCACGCUGCCCCUAGUUCCUCUUCUGCUGGCCAACCCGACCUCCAUAGCCAAGCCCUGGGCCUUCACAUCCUAACCCCAUCUGUGCCCUAAAGCCCCUUUCCAAACAGAAAAGGCCAUAGGGUGUUAUCCUCUAUAGUUAUAAAUACCAGCUUGUCUAACAAGAAAGCCAGCAAGUAACCAGUUGGGAAAGAUGGAGGGCCACAUUCCCUUCAGGGUGUCCUGUCACCUAUGUGAGUCCUUUCUGAUUGUGUAAGGAUUACUCCAGGCAGAAUAAGGCAAGUGGUGGUUGAGGCACAUGGAUCAGUCAUGGCAGCCCCCAGUCUUAGAGGGCAGACCUGGACUCACCUGCAGGCUUUGGUCCCUGGGCCUCAUGAUCUUCACGUAUGUUAUUGGCCUGGGGGCUAGUUUUGGACCAUUGGGUAGGAGAGCAUCUUUAGAUUAAGGCACUUCUGAGCUUCCGUCCCUGAAGAAGGCAGUCAUCCCCUUCUGCACUUGGCAGCAGGGAGGGUACCUGGGGAGUGAGUGGCUUUGCUUUUGGAAGAUGAAACAAGUAUGUGUUUUCCCCUCUUCAUUUUCCCUAACUGAAUAAAAAGGGCACAUUCCAAAUCCCUUAUGUUGGAGAAUCAGCCAGUCUGGGAAGGGUGGGAGGUCAGAGAGAAUUCUUUGAAAAGAUUGUGAAAUAUUGACUUUCAUUCUUUCAAGCUUACUUGUAAAUAUCUAUUUGAAUGCUGUGUAUUUGUACAGGAAUUUGAGCAAAAAAUGUAUAGAAUGUGAUGUCCAAUUGGUAUUCAGCCCUAUAAAUGUGUUUUUAACCUCUGGCAUUCUGUGCUUAUUUGAAACAAGAACACUUCUAACCAUUUCUUGUGUAUUCAUGUUUAAAGAGAAAGUUAUUUUAAAAUGAUCUUACCUGUACCAGAAAGCAAAGGUAAAAGGAAAAAAAAAUUUGUUACCAGUGUCCCCAGGUCUUUUACUGUAUAUAUUGUGGUAGCAUGUUCUCAAUCCAACAAGUAAGUAAUGUGAAUUUUAGAUGUAAAUAUCUGCCACUUGGUUUUCCCCCACUCCCUUGACUGCUGUGAUGUGAAUUAAAGAUGAAUACCUAAUAC